UUUCAGAUGCCGCUGACUAGGCGUGCGAUCUCACCGGUUAACGUAAGCCUUCAUCGUUUGCCAUCUUCGAUACAGCACGAUGAGUUGGAAUGCGUUGCCAAUGGUACUCUAGCAAAUCUAAUUCGACAACUGAGUUCGUUAAGUCGACAUGCUGAGCAUAUUUUCGGCGAAGUUUAUCACGAGGCCGUGAAAUUGGAUCAUAAAACAAAUACUUUAUCGCAAAGGAUUGAAAGAUUGACGCACAAGGUGGCACAACUGGACUACACGCAAGAGCAAGUGUCACUUGAAGACUUGCAUAUGCGAAAACCAUUCAAAAGUAGCUGUAUAAUCGAUCAGCAUACACUAGAUCGUCAGACGUUGCCUUCUGCUUUAGCAGAAUGUUAUGCUGCUUGUGAUCCACCACCCAGUUUGGAUGCUCUAAAUCCUUACAGAGAUGACAAGAAGAAUGGACUUAGGUAUUAUACUGAUCCAUCAUAUUUCUUCGAUUUAUGGAGACAAGAGAUGCUGAAGGACGUUGGUGAUGGACGCCGUGGACGUUCUAUCAGAUCACCAGCAGAAAACAAAAAUCCUCGAAAGAAACGUAAUCGUCAGUCUGUGACGAAUAAUAUCGGAAAGAAUUCCAUUCCAAGAUAUUCUGUCGCAUCUCAACAACGUCCUGCAGACAUCAUGCAUUUUCCAGCAGAAUAUCAGGCACCUCAGAUAGUGCAUAUUGAUCAAGUCCGCGCACCAGCUGGUAUGAGCGUACCUGCUAGUAAUGGAUAUGUUACCACGAUUCCAAAUAAAGCCUCAGUCGCGCCUUUUUCUUCGCCUGUCAAAGAGGAAUCGCCAGUUGUUUUAGAUGAUAACCAAAUAGCUGGUCAGUUGGCCGACAUCGAUUUGCAAGACGAUUCUCUUUUAGAGGAUGAUCUUCCUCCACCACCACCACCCCUCAUGCAUACCUCACUAGUUUGCCAGAUGCCCUCUCCACCUACAAUGCAGUAUGUUGCCCCAUCUGCCAAUUCUGUUCCACCACCACCUCCUCCUCCUCCUCCUCCUCCUCCUCCUCCACCACCACCAUCAUCCGGUGUUACCUCCGUUGCAGCAACUACCCAGUCGCCCAUCGUUGUUGCAUCUUUUGCUAAUAAAGAAGAAGUAAAAACGAAGCAUUCGCUACCAAAGUUUCUGAUACACGUUCGAAUCUACUCGCUGAAAUACAGUCUGGCAUAAAACUCAAGCAGGUGCAGAGGAAAGAACAAGCAGCAGAGGAAAAAGCAGCUGCAGAAGCAAAUGAUGUUGCGGCCAUAUUGCGUCGUAGGAUGGAACAUAUUUUGGGACAUUCCGAUAGCAAUAGCGAAUCUCCAACAGAUGAUGAUGAAGAAUGGGACUAGUUAAUAUGAUCUUGUUCCAUUAACCCAUAGGGUUAUGAAUGAAUGUGCCUUCUAGCCUUAGUAAUUAAAAUUGUUUUAGAACCAUUUUGACUCGGUU